AUGGCUGGAUCGCGUUCCUCGGCCAACGCCACGACCAACAGUGGAAGUAAUAGCCCGCUGCGACCCAUGUCGUCGUUUCGACCUGCUUCGUCGCUUCCCCGCGAUAUGAAUGCCUCCACCUCCACCUCGUCGAGCAGCGCAGUUGGCGGCCCCGGCAGCAGCAGCAGCAGCAACAGAUCUGGGGACGGCCUGGUGCAGCCACGACCGCGGCCGCUCAUCCGCGGUGCCGUAGGCACGGGUAACACGAUCCUCGUCAACAACUGUCAGCGCGGCAACCCUGUCCUGCAGCACAUCCGGAACAUCGGGUGGGAGUACGCGGACGUGGUGCCCGACUACCAAGUCGGUGUCUCGUCCUGCGUUCUGUUUCUGUCGAUCCGGUACCAUCGGCUACACCCGGAGUACGUGCACACGCGCAUUGCCAAACUCGGACAGAUGUUCACCCUUCGCGUUCUGCUCGUGCUGUGCGAUGUCAACGACCACCAACUCGCAAUCAAGGAGCUCACCAAAACCGCGCUGAUCAACAACCUCACGCUCAUCGUCGCCUGGUCCGCCGAGGAGGCCGGCAGGUACAUCGAGACAUACAAGAGCUUUGAGUUCAAGCCGCCGGACCCGAUCCAGGAGCGCGUUGGUGAGGACUAUAUCAGUCAGAUCACCAACGUGCUCACGCAGGUGAGGGGCGUGAAUCGCACCGACGUGGUCACGCUGUUGACGCGGUUUGGGAGCUUUAAAGGCGUGGUGGGUGCCGAGGUGGACGAGGUCGGCAUGUGUCCCGGCUUUGGAGAGGUCAAGGCGAAGCGGUUGAGGGAGGUUUUUACCCAGCCGUUUAGGGUCGGCGAGGGGCGGACGUACAAGCAGAGGAAGACAGGUGGAACGUCAGGUAGAGCAGGUGGGAGCGGUGCUGCUGCAGCGACGCGAGCGGCGUCGGCGCUGCAGGACGAUCUACUCGCACCCAACACCAGCAACGAGUCGACUGAUUCACCGAUCGCAACGUCAACAUCCACGCCAGUAGCGGCAGCAGCGGCAACGGCAGCAGAGAAUAGCACAUCCACAUCCACCGCGCCGCAGGCCCCACAACGCGCUCUGGACGCCCUCGAAGCCGACUUCGACCAGCUCGACGAAGAACACCAGUUGCGCUUGGCCAUGCAGCUCUCGAUGCAGCCUUGA